AUGCUAAAUAUACGAGAAAACUGCACAAAAUUAGAUACACAAAAUUUACAAGCAUUGAACAUUCCAACUUCGAAAGUGAACGUAGACUUCGGCAUUAGUCAGUUGCGCGUGCUCAUAGUUCGCCCGUUUAAGCGAGAAUUAUACCUCUGUGUAAUUGUAACUUAUUUGCUGUGUUUUCCGUUCAAGCGAAAGCCGAAUUGUUCAGAGGGAAUGAUACUUCGGCAUCAGUCAGUUGCGCGUGCUCAUAGUUCGCCCGUUUAA